GCGACGGCGGCGAUGGACUCCGACGAAAGAAUGAGCAUCUACAAAGCAACGCGAUGCAUCAAAAAGAAGCAGAACUCAAUCUACAACGCUCUCCGCUCGAUCUACGAGGACUCCGUCUUCGUCUCCGAGAUCGCAGGCCUCUGGCCCGAUCUCCCUCUCGUCGCCAAUCUCAGGUGCGGCCUCUGGUACUCCUCUCAAUUCGAGUCCACGUGUUACUUCAAGUCCACCGAUGGCCACUCCAACAAUUGCUCCUUCAGCACCGCUCGCCUCAAUCUCCACCUCGCUCAACUCGCUGGGCAGAGGGGAGGGUGUAUAGUGGUGGAUUCUACUCGUAAAGGGAAGAGGUUUCCUGAUAGCAUGUCGAAGACCAUACCGAUAUGGGCGUGUGUUCUGAAUCGGGCGAUUGCGAGGAGAUUGAAGAGGAGGUUUCAAGAUGAUGGUGAAUUGGAGUUAAAAAGUUUCUCUAGUGAGAUUGCUGAGAAUGGGGAGAUCUCAAUUUCUUGGGAUUGUUCUUUGCAUCUUCCUUUGUGGGUCCUUGGUACAGAAAAAGCAGCUAUAGAGAACCGUCUUGAAGAAUGGACCAACCAACUGGAAGCGUGUGGUGCUGAUAUUGAUUUUGUUAUAUCAUCUCUGAGAAAGCCUCUACGUCCAUUGUGGAUUUCGCAAAGAAGUCUUAUCUGGUUGAAUGAAGUACCUGAUUAUGAUUCUUGGGAUUUCACACCAAUCAUCUUAGUUUCAGCAUCUGCAACAAAUGGAAUAAUUCAACAAAGAACAACAUCUGAGUUCAGUUGGCAUUAUAUUCCUGGUGCUGGUGAUGAUGAAGAAAGCUGGGCCCGAGGGUUAUCACCUCAAUUAUUCUGGAAGCAUGCAUUUGAUAUCAUAGAUUCUGGACCUGAUAUGUUUAACCAGAAAGUCUCUGAAAUUGUUGAAAAAGAAAGAGUCUAUCGUUCCCAGAGAGGUGAAGUUUUGCCUCAAGUUAUAGCCAAGCAUCACAAAUCUCGGGAAAGUGCUUCCAUCACUGACAAACAAUCUGAUAUCAGUUGUCAACUUGUGAAUUCUGAACAACAAUGCAGCUCCAUUAACAUAAAAUCUUCUGAAAACGAGUGUUAUCUUUCGUGGAUAGGUCCAACUAGUGUUGCAUUAUGCAGAACUUGCCAUGUUGAGGAUGUUUCUCAUGGCGUUGACUGUCUGUUGAAUUGUGAUAGCAAGUCCGUUUCCUUUUGCUCUAAAUCCGAUUCUUCCUAUUUGCAUCUUCCUAUAGUGACCUCAAAGUUGGACCGGUUUUCAUUGAUGAACAACCUGUCUUCUGCAAUUGAUUUUGCAAAACAGAACUUGAGCAAACAGAGGAAACUUUUGAUUUGUUGUCAUGAUGGGGAAGACAUUAGUGUGUGCGUAUGUCUUGCUAUUAUUACAAUGUUGUUUGACGAAAAAGGAUCUUUUGAUGGGGGAAAGUCCUUCACGGAUACAAGCAUAACCAAGUUGGAGAUGAGAAAGCGGCUAGUAUUUGUAUGCAAAUUUGCAAUAAAUGCAAGGCCAUCUAGAGGAAAUCUGAGGCAGGUUUUUGGUUUUCUCAGUAGAGAAAGAGAAUCUGAGCCGACUUCUCACUGUGCCCAUGGCUUAUAAAAAUCUGUGAUUUUCUUUAAAAAGGGGGAAAAGGGACAAAUCUAUAUUAGUUAAGAAUUAGGAUUGUUAUAUCUAGUACCCGAGCUUGUUGUAGUUAGAUGUAGUAAUAUCUUUUCUGAUCUGGGAAAGUGUGCUUAGAAUAGAUGUUUUUUUUCCUCUUCUAAAUAUUUGCCAAGUAUGGCCCAUCACUUCAACUGCUAUACCUGUUGUGCAAUAUUUUUUUGGAAAGUAUGUACAAAAUUCAAUGACAGUUUGCAGAUCUUCUAGGCCUUAUCUGCAGUAUAAAUCUGUAUCUGCAGUACCAUUUAUUCUAGCAGAAACCAUAAUGGCUAGAGAUGUUAGAGUUUGCUCUUGGCUUGUAUCUAUCCACAUGGCACAAGAGAGCUUUUCCUGAAAAAUUAAAUGAGAAGAUCAAACUGGGAAAAGAAUGUUAGAUGAAGCCUAUGGGGGUGGACGAGGACCUGCUGUGCUUAUUGCUUCUCUGUGGCAGUCAAUAUUUUGGAUACUUAUGCUCAUGGAGAUUCUAUUUAGUCUUUCUGUUUGGACGGAGCUCUCUGAAGUUCAAUUAUUGCCCAGGUUCUAUCAGACCAGCAGAGUUCAAGAAAAGAUUUUGACAAUCAUGUAUAUUUUACUCAAUUCCUAGCUGCACUGAUGUUAGCUAACAGAGCAGUUCCUCAACUCAUGAGUGACAAAUAUCCUGCGAUUCUUUGCCAAUUAAUGUUGCCAGAUGCCCACUAAAAAACUUCAGCACUUGUGAUGGGAGAUAUUCUGGAGGACAUCAGUAUAAUGGUAUGAGCAAGUGAUGCUUUUCCUCCGAGUUGGGGAAAUUCCUUUGAUGAGAUGUUGAGUUACUGAUGCUGAAUCUGAAGCCAAUUUUAAACUCCAGUCCAUUUUGUUUGCCUUGCAUCAAGCUCACGCAUCUGGGUAAAUACAUUUUUGGUAGUCAUAGGAGAGCAAAUAUUUGUUAUGAGACAGCUGGAAUCAUCAUGGACAGGAGGAUUAUAGUCAAGGCCUCUUCAACCGUGGGACCAACCGAUGAAAGCACGGUCCUCUCCAAAAGAACAUUUAAUCAUACAACACAUUGCAAGAAAUUAUCCUGCAGCAAAAUGUGCAUUAUAUUUCCUGUUGCAACAGUAGCAAUUUUUUCAAUCAAAAUCUUUUUCUAGUGGCGAGUAUUAGGUUGUUCCUCCCACCAUGUCUUGUUUGUAAUAAAUACAAUUUCCUUUGCAAAUUGGUAGUUGUAAUUUCAGUUUGUUAAUUGUAAAAUCAUAAAGAUGGGAUAGAUAACAAAACCAGAGCCUUCCGGUGUUUCCGUGUAA